AUGACUUCUCGUUCAGAUACAAUCCCUGAAAAUGAAGUGGAAAUCUUCAACAAGCUAACCGAAAUCAGACAAAGACUCUCAAUCAUUAAGAGAGACCACACAAAGUUCAUGAACUCAAAGGACAUAACAGAAAUCUACAAGUCUGUUCUAACCUAUACUGAGGAGUUGAAGAAAAUCAGAAAUAUAACCAACCAAGAUAUCAAAUCCAGCAAGUCUUCACUGCCUUUAGUCACUAACAAGGUGGACGUUCUGAUUGAUGAAAUCUUCCAACUCUUGUCUUUAUGUUUCUUGACUUGUGGCUUGGCAAACACAGCCCCUGCUACUUAUGCCUCUCUCUCCACCGUCCAAAGAUUGUUGGAACAUUUGAACGAAUCCUCCAUUUAUACGCCUCACGAUUUGAAGCCAAUCAAGGAUAGAUUGGAUGAAAUAUCAAAUAUCAUCAAAAACAAUGAGUUCUCCGACAAUGAUGAUAUAUCUAACAACAAUACAGAAUUCGCCCUCUUGACCAACAAACUAAACAUUUGUUAUAACGAAUACAACUACAUGAUGGAGAAAACAUCCAAUUUAUCUGCAGAUGUGAAAAACUUGAUGGACGACUUGUUGGACAUCAAGUACAAUCUAUUCCAAAUGAUCACAGAAGAUGACCACAAUAACGAGAAGGUCAAUUUGUUGUCUAAACAUCUACAUGAAUGUCAGGUUAAGGCGGAAUUGAUUUUUUCCUCCAAUCCUAAUGAAAAAGGUGCAGGAAUAAUCAAAUGUUUGUUUGAUAACUGCUCAAACUAUUUGAAUGAUCUCCAACUGGGCAUUGAUAGAGUGGACCCUCAUCUAACUUCUAUUUACGAGAAAUUACUAAACUUGAAAUCCAUUCUUGAGAAUUUGCUUCUAACAAAGAGAUGGACUUUGAGAACUACCGACAUUUUCAACUAUCAGAAACAGUUGGUUGAAAUCGACAACUCUAGGGUAGAUGGUUAUUUCUUAAACAAAGAUUACAAAGGCCAGUCGGUCUUGCUAUAUCUACUGAGGUCCUGCUUUGCCAUCAUCUAUAAAUUGUUGGAAUCGUCAGAACCGGUCUCUGAAUCCUUACAACCUAUUCACAACCAAUUGUUAACUGUGAAAAGAUGCCUACUUGAUUUGAAGAGAAUGGGAGGAAUUUCCUCAAUUAGAGAAUUAUAUCCUUAUCAACUUAAGUUGGAUUCCAUCGACAACAUGAAGGUGGAUGGUAAAUUUAUCAUCAAGGGCCAAAUACCUGAAGGUCAAGCUACCGUCACCGCCCUAUUGGCUGAAUGCUUUGACAUAAUUCAUGAGCUGAAAAUCGAAUUAGACGACAAGGACGAUGAUGAUGCUGCCGAGAAACCAAAAUACAGUGUCAUUGGGACAAAGGCUUCCCAAGACUCAAAUUAUGACUACAAUCAUCAUGAUGAUGAAGCUAUUAGCAGAUCAAAUUCAAGAUUUUCUGCGGGAGAAACUGAUCAUCAUUCUUCUGUUAAAGAUCUCGGUUCCCUCGAUUAUGACGAAGCCGAAGACAACCUGGCUAGCUAUGCCAAUAGUAUCUGCGAAAGUGCAGAUGAAUGA